CUGCACCGUAACGUGUGCGCUGUGCUCCAGCGUGCCGGGCCUCCAGCUCAAACAGAGCCCAGCCCCCCACACGCCAAACCGGCCUGCCUCGGCUCAAACAAGGGGGAGGGAUGCGCGGCUGUUGCUGAAGCUCCUGCUGGCAUUUUUUUUUUUUAAAACAACCUACGACGCAACAGUCAAACGGGAGCCGGUUUCUUUAACGUCUUUUUUUUAAUUAUUUUAUAUGGGUGGUGGUGUUAGGAUACGAUAGUACACCCAGCACCGGCCCGUUGACGGUGUUUCCGUGAGCUAACGGCCGCUUUAGCACAAAGGCGUUCAAGUAGCCGUUUGGUGGCUAACGGUUACUUAGCCGUGCUAACAACACAGCCCGGUGAGGACGGAGCACAUCCUUCACCGGAGCAGCCAUACUCGAGGUUAAUCUCUGCUGACUUCGCUUCUUCCGCGGGUUCGUGGUUGUAAAUAUAUCUGAGCCAGGCGGUGUGUUAUCAUGACUAAGAUACUUCAAGCGACGUUUCCCGCAUAGCUGGGUCGUUUUUUUUCUUCUUCUCCCCACAGCUAGCCACGGACGGAGCUUCUCGGUCUCGUACAAGAAGGGGAUGGUGGUGGUGGUGGUGGCGGGCUAACGUUAUACUCUGUGUAAAGGAGAAGUAAGUGCAAGAAGUGAUAUUUCUUUACAUUAAUUGUGAAUUUCCAAGGCGGGUGACCCUGAAGGACGAGCCUGACGACUGAACUGAAACCGGGAAUAUCGCAAAACCGAUCGCGGGGAUUAUUCUGUGUGUGUGUCUCUUAAGUGGAUUUCGGCCUGGGGAUCGUCGUUUUUUUUGACAUUGAGUGAGCCCACACUCCCACAAAAAACAUCCCUCUCUCCCCUCACGCCGACCUUCAACCUCCGAUGCGGAGAUUUCAGUAGCAACCGGCAACCAAAUCCCCCCCCCUCCUCCCCUCACGGCGGCCGGACAUGCUGAAGUGUAUCCCCCUGUGGCGCUGCAACCGCCACGUCGAGUCGGUGGACAAGCGGCAUUGCAACUUGCAGACAGUCCCCGAUGAGGUGUUCCGCUACAGCCGCAGCCUGGAGGAGCUUCUCCUCGACGCCAACCAACUCAAAGACCUACCAAAGCCUUUCUUCAGACUACUGAACCUCCGGAAGCUUGGCCUGAGUGACAAUGAGAUCCAGAGACUCCCUCCUGAGGUGGCCAACUUCAUGCAGCUGGUGGAACUGGACAUCUCCAAAAACGACAUUCCUGAGAUCCCCGAGAGCAUUAAGUUUUGCAGGGCUUUGGAGAUCGCAGACUUCAGCGGAAACCCCCUGUCCAGAUUGCCAGAUGGCUUCACUCAACUCCGAGCGCUGGCUCACUUGGCACUCAACGACGUGUCAUUGCAGACGUUGCCCAACGACAUCGGAAACCUGGCCAACCUCGUGGUGCUGGAGCUGAGGGAGAACCUGCUGAAGUCUCUACCCACGUCGCUCUCUUUCCUGGUGAAACUGGAACAGCUGGACCUGGGCGCCAAUGAACUGGAAGUCUUGCCGGACACCCUUGGUGCUCUCCCCAACCUGAGGGAGCUCUGGCUGGACCGUAACCAGUUGUCCUCAUUGCCACCUGAGCUGGGGAACCUCCGGAGACUUGUGUGUCUGGAUGUGUCAGAGAACCGUCUGGAGGAACUUCCCUCAGAGCUAAACGGCCUCCUGGCUCUCACUGACCUGCUGCUCACACAGAACCUGCUGGAGGUCGUCCCUGACAGCAUAGGCUCCCUGAAACAGCUGUCCAUCUUUAAGGUGGACCAGAAUAGGCUGACCCACCUGACUGAUUCAAUAGGAGAGUGUGAAAACCUCACGGAGCUCGUCUUGACAGAGAACCUUUUACAGUCACUUCCUCGCUCGCUGGGCAAGCUGAAGAAGCUGACCAACCUGAAUGUAGACCGCAACCGUUUGGGCAGCGUGCCCAAAGAGCUGGGCGGCUGUGCCAGCCUCAACGUUCUCUCACUGAGAGACAACCGCCUGGGCAAACUGCCCGCUGAGCUUGCAGAUGCCACCGAGCUGCAUGUGCUGGAUGUGGCUGGAAACAGAUUACAGAACUUGCCUUUCGCCCUGACAAACCUCAAUCUGAAGGCCAUGUGGCUCGCAGAGAACCAAUCACAGCCAAUGCUCAAGUUCCAGACAGAGGAUGACGAGCGAACGGGAGAGAAGGUGUUGACCUGCUAUCUGCUGCCCCAGCAGCCUUCUCCAAGCCUAGAAAACUUGCUGCAGAACAGUGUGGAUGACAGUUGGACAGACAGCAACCUGAACCGAGUGUCAGUCAUUCAAUUCCAGGAGGAGACCAAAGCAGAGGAUGAGGAUGAUGAGGCUGCUGCAGAGCGCAGAGGCCUUCAGCGCAGAGCCACACCGCACCCUAGUGAGCUUAAGGUGAUGAAGAAGGUGAUCGAGGAGAGGAGGAAUGAAGCUUACACAUCCAGAUCUGAUGGUGAAGAAGAGUCCCUUGAUCAACAGGAGAAGCGGCUCAGUGACCUGUCCAAUCAAAGCCAUGACUCCCAGGUGUCCAACAGCACACUGUCGGCCACCUCCCACGAGGACAGACACAAUGUGACCUCGGCCUCGCAGAGGGAGGACCUUGUAGAUGGUCACUACCCGCAGGAGGAGGAAGAGCUGGAUGAGAUGGAGGUGGAGUACAUUGAGCCCACUGUACACUUCGCAGAGGAGCCCAUCAUCCGCGGUGGGGAUGAGGACGACGACGAGGACAGGGAAGACGGCGAGAGAAGCGAAGAGGAAGACGAGAGGCCGACUUUUCCCACCGAGAAGCAGCGUCUGAUCAGAAAGGACACGCCACACUACAAGAAGCACUUCAAGAUCACCAAGCUGCCCAAGCCCGAGGCUGUGGCCGCGCUGCUGCAGGGCUUCAAUCCCGACAGUCUCAACUCCCCGACACAGGCCGCCGAGGACGAGCAGGACGAGGAGGAAGAAGAAAAUCUAUGCACCCCUCAGCACCAUCGCAGACUAGAGGAACUCGAGGACAGCCGGCACCAGGGAAACUCCAGUCAAGUAAAGGGGGUGUCAUUUGAUCAAGUCAAUAAUCUGCUGAUUGAACCUGCUCGAAUUGAGGAGGAAGAGCACACCCUGACCAUCCAGCGACAAACAGGUGGCCUGGGUAUCAGCAUUGCUGGAGGGAAAGGAUCUACACCUUACAAGGGAGAUGAUGAGGGAAUCUUCAUCUCCAGAGUAUCUGAGGAGGGUCCUGCAGCCAGAGCAGGGGUCAAAGUGGGAGACAAACUUCUAGAGGUGAAUGGAGUGGACCUCCACGAAGCAGAACAUCACACGGCAGUCGAAGCUCUCCGUAGCUCCGGCGCUGCAGUUUCCAUGACGGUGCUGCGGGAGCGUAUGGUGGAACCCGAGAACGCCAUCACCACCACGCCGCUGAGGCCAGAGGACGACUACUUCCCGCGGGAGAGACGGAGCAGCGGCCUCGCCUUCAACUUGGAGACGACUCCCAGCGGGCCUCAGCAGCGGCUCUCCACCUGCCUGAUCCGGAACGACAAGGGGCUGGGGUUCAGCAUCGCGGGGGGGAAAGGCUCCACGCCUUACCGCACAGGAGACACGGGAAUCUACAUCUCUCGCAUCGCAGAAGGUGGAGCAGCACACAGAGACAGCACACUGCGUGUGGGCGACAGGGUGAUCUCUAUCAAUGGUGUAGACAUGACAGAGGCCAGGCAUGACCAGGCAGUAGCGCUCCUUACCGGCACCUCCCCCACCAUCGCCCUCCUAGUGGAGCGAGACCCGAAUGCACCGGGGGGCUCUCCAGGUCAAAACCGGGCACGAGCCCACUCCCCUCCACCCCCAGAACCCUCAGAUUCACCAGACCAGGAGGAGGACCUUUCCCUUCAUGGGAACCACCUGAGCCAAAUGGAGGACGAGUAUCCCAUCGAGGAAGUGACCCUGGUGAAGUCAGGUGGCCCUCUUGGCCUGAGCAUCGUGGGUGGCAGCGAUCAUGCCAGCCACCCAUUCGGCGUCAACGAACCCGGAGUGUUCAUCUCGAAGGUGAUUCCUCACGGCCUCGCGUGCCAAAGCGGACUACGCGUCGGGGACCGAAUAUUAGAGGUGAACGCCAUCGACCUGCGUCACGCCACACACCAGGAAGCCGUGCGAGCCCUGCUGGCCAACAAGCAGGAGAUCCGUAUGCUGGUACGGAGGGACCCUUCACCGCCUGGGAUGCAGGACAUUAUGAUCCAGAAGCAGCCAGGGGAGAAGCUUGGCAUCAGUAUUCGCGGAGGGGCCAAGGGUCAUGCAGGAAACCCCUUUGACGCCACAGAUGAAGGCAUCUUCAUCUCUAAGGUGAGUUCGAGUGGUGCCGCAGCAAGAGACGGCCGGCUGCAGGUUGGCAUGCGAAUCCUGGAGGUGAACAACCACAGCCUGCUGGGCAUGACGCACACGGAGGCAGUGCGAGUGCUGCGCGCUGUAGGAGACUCUCUCGGCAUGCUGGUGUGUGACGGCUUCGACCCACGGAAAGUGGCUGCCGUGGAGGCGUCUCCUGGCAUCAUUGCCAACCCGUUUGCAGGAGGCAUCGUGCGUAAAAACAGUAUGGAAAGCAUCUCUUCGAUAGACCGAGACCUGAGCCCAGAGGAGAUAGACAUCAUGCAGAAGGAGUCUGAGAUGGUGAGAGAGACAUCACAGUGGGAGCGCGAAGAGAUGGAGAAAGUGGAGCGUAUGCGUUUGGAGCGAGAGGAGGCAACUCGCCUGCUAGAAGAGGAGACCGAGAACAUUGGCACUGGACCUCUAAAACUUGACUACAAAACCCUGGCAGCACUGCCCACCACCAGUCUGCAGAAGGUUAACAGGGCGCCUUCCUCUGAUUACACCAGGACGGACAGCCCGAUCAGGGAAGCACCGUACUCUCCCACGAUCCAACCGCCCAGCCACCACUCUUCUGACAGCUCCCCGUAUGCAGGCAGGGAGACUCGCUUCGCAAACAUUCAUUACACCUCCACUCCUACUGCCAAGGACGACCCUUCAUCAUCAACGCGACCCGGUGCCAUCCAGCCAGUCGGCCGCGUGCGGCAGAGUCCCUCCCCCGCCACCCCGGACGGCCACAGUCCAAACCCCUUCCAGCAUGGCCCCUCCCCCUUCAACUCCCAGACCUCUGACCUGUAUGGUGUGAGGAACAAUUUCCACCCAAAGCAACCGUCUCCAGAGCCUGAGUGGAACAACGAGGUGUUUGAUGAUGACAUAGAUGGUCAGGAGGGAGCUGGUAAGGGUCUGACCAACAAGCUCUCCCCCCGCCGGGAGUAUAUGAGCCUGGCAGCAGUGCCUCGACUCUCCAGGCUUUCCACGGAGCUGCAGACUCCUUCUCCUGGUGGUAAGGACAGCCCGGAGCAGCGCUCCUUUAGGGACCGACAGAAGUAUUUUGAGAUUGACGUGAAGCAGCAGACACCGGACAAACCCAAACCUCGGGUGUCUCUAGUUGGAGAAGAUGACCUCAAGAAAAUGAGAGAGGAAGAAGAGAGGAAGUUUGAGCAGAGGGCGCGGGAGUACCUGCUGGAUGAAGACGAGGAGGACGAGGAGGAGGAUCUGGUUAAGCAGAUGGCACAGAUGAAGGCUUCUGGCAAAGUGUUGCUGGACGGAGUGGAGUACAAGGUGGAGCCAGUAUCCACCCCAUCCCAGCACUGUUCCACACCACCAAGCUAUAACGUCACACCACCCAGUUACUGUGGCAGCUCGGGGCCGUCCUCUGUUGAUGGUAAAGUCGACUCUCAGAGGAACUCGCUGGAGGACAGCUUCAGGUUGGAGCAGCGGCCAAACUCCAUGACUGGUCUGAUCCCGGUGUACCCCGGAGAGUCUGCGGCUCCCAUCCGCACAGCCAAAGCAGAGCGCAGACAUCAAGAGCGACUCCGUAUGCAGAGCCCCGAGCUGGCUGUGGCCCCCGACAAGGAUCUGUCCCCUGCUGAGAAACGAGCUCUGGAGGCUGAGAAGAGAGCCAUGUGGAGGGCAGCACGAAUGAAGUCUCUGGAGCAGGAUGCACUGAAAGCUCAGAUGGUCAUCGCCAAAUCUCGGGACGGGAAGAAGCGCGGCACACUAGACCAGCUGACGGAGUCGCCUUCACCCGCCCCCACGCCCUCUCCCACACCCAUGGAAGAGCUCAGUCCUCGAGGUCUAACCUCUCCGGGCAGACUGUCCCUGUCGUCAAAGAAGUUUGACUACCGACAGUUUGCUGCCAUUCCUUCUUCCAAACCCGUAUACGACAUCCAGUCCCCUGACACGGUCGAUGACAUGCAGUUCAUCGACGACGGCUCCAGCAACCCAGGGCCCACUGCGUGCCCCGAGGCCGAGGUGCCCACCGCGCUGCCUGCCACCUCAGCCCUGGAGGAGAUGGCUCUGUACAGCAACAAGCGCAAACUGAGGCAGGGUCGCCGCAGCCUGGAAACCGCCGUGCCCACGUAACAUCUCACACUGAGAGAAGAAAUCCGAAGACACGCGCAUUUAAAAUACACUGUGGACACACUGGUAAUACGUGGGCGCAUCCACAGGAGGUGCAGAGUCACUAAACACUACACACGGUGUCAGUAGAGCGAGAUUUACUCUCCUAUAUAUAACCACUGCAGAGACUACGAUAGUCACCACAUACACACUCACUUAUAUCCUGCGUGCCAGUCUUGCCUCUACAGUCUGGAGGAGUUGGCAAGUUGCUCAACGGUCCCUCGGAGGCAAGAAAGCGCUAGCGUGGUUAGCUAGGAUCGCUUACAGACCAUUCUUAUGUUUGUUCUACAUUCGGUUUAUCUAGUUAGAAGUGGAUCUAUUUUAAAAAAAGGAUGUGACCGAAGUUUUUAGUUUUUUUAUUUUUCGCACCUCCGUUAAUGAUUUUGCUGUUUUUAAAAAAAAAAAACAUACUGGAAGAGAGAAGAAAUGGGUCAUAGCUGUACUAACGAUAUUUUUAGGCUUUCAGUGACUAGAUUGUAAAAUGUCAGGGGUGUGUGUGUGUGUGUGUGUGCGUGCGUGUGUGUGUAUAUAUUAAUUGAGGAGGGAACAUCCUGCUACCUUCACAGUCACAGAUUGUGGAGACAAACAUAUCUUUUUUUUUUUUUGCACUGCCACUGAUCAGCUUUUUAAAAACAUAUCUUUAAUAAUUUAUUGUUUUUAUCGGUUUAGUCAAAUUGAAGGCCUAAACAACAUAAAGCUUGUUGUAAUUUAUCAUUAAAAAGCUCACUAAGUCAAAGCUUUCAACUAAUGAACUGCAUAUCACUUUAUAUCAUUGAGUCGACUUUAUAUGAAUCCCCUGGGGGCUUUUGAGGGAAGCAAAUUCGAGUUUAGCUGUUGCACAUCAGUGUCUCGACACGAGUCAUACAGAAAUGUUUGUCUCGGCAUCUGUCCAGAUUUGUUGACGGUGUUACAUUCCCCUUGUUGGCAUGACAACACUGGAGGCAGCAGCAUUAAAUCGACACUUCACAGAAACAGAUCAGACAACAUACAUUUUUAAAUCCUUUACUAAUUAACGGUACUUUCCCUGCCCCUGUUUAGGGUUUCUAUUUUAUCAAUGUGAAUCAUUAACUUCUAACCUUGAGUUAUCAAGGUUUUCCAGAGUGACGUGAAGGUAGCAGGUGUUUUAUUUUUCUGUCUAUGGUUAAUUUAAAUCUGAUGCCACUGAAAAAUCAUUUAUUAUUGUGUGAAUAAUGUACAAAUACUGAACGGAAAAGCAAACUUUGGGUUUGAAAACUGAGCCAGUCUUGACCUAGACCAAGUGAGUGUCUGGACUGCUGACGCCUCUGGGUUUGGACGGGCUUGGUGUCGGGACGCUCUCUGCAUGUAUAUUGGUUUGUUAAUGGGAGAGCUGAGAGGCAGAACUGAUUUUAGAAAUCCCUCUAAAGACAUUUAUCUCAUUCAGACAUUCAGCUCACUGCUUAACAGACAGACUGUCAGUUCAUGUAUCUGAUGGGUGUUUUCGCAGAAUCACAGCAUCGUAGCAUUUGUGUUAAUUUAACGUAGGGUCUUCUAAUGAUAGCUUUCCGUGUUGCUCUCACUGACUGAAAUUCAGUUUGUUUGAUAACAUUUGCAAUGGCUGAUAUCUUCUUUUUUUAACUUACAUUAGGUAAAUCUUUUUUCAGAUGGGUUUCACUACAUUAAUAAUGCAGUGUUUCAAGUUUUUGUGUUUAUUCUUUUGUCUUGAGUUCUCUUUGGGGGCUUUUACUUGCAAAUAGGUUGGAGGGAAAGGGGCAGAAGUCCUAGGGUCAAGGGUUAGAGCUCACACAAGACUGUAACUAGUGAAUUUGUACAACCAAAGAAGUCUAUUUUGUGGUUCAGGAAUAAUAAAUUUUACUUUUCAUUUAAGAAGCU